UGGGUAUAGACGAAUCCGAUAGACUAUGCAUGGAGGGGCGCCCUCAUUCGACACGGACAUUGUAGGGGGCCAGUGUCGCUUAGCAAUCGCGGCGGGCGCCAAAUAUAAACAAUUUUGUACAGCGACAAUUUCCAGUCUAGUUUUUAUUAAGUGCGAACAAAUACAAACACGCACGGUUGACUGUGAGUUCUGUAUCUAAUAAUAUAGUCGGUAAAACAUCCCAGGGGAAACAUCACACCAACUUAGAGAGGAGACAGUGAGAAGAAACUAUAGUUUUAGAGGUUUAUUUAUUUAUUUUUUAUUUGUUGUUAACUUGUAAGUUGUAGGCCUAAUCUUUAACGUGAGGGUAGGCCCCCCUAGUCCAUUCCAGUUUUAAAAAAAACUGCUUUCCAAAGGAGCCCUCACAAACAUGACAAAGAGGUGAGAGGAAAAGCCCAGCCCAGAAGCUAUUCUGGGAAAACCCAUGGAAUCAGGUAGGGACUGAAAACCCAAUCCAGAUAUUGGCCGAGGCGGGAUUCUAACCCUGGUCACAGCGGUGGAAGGCGAGGAAAGUACCGCUACGCCAACCUGGCUCCCCCAUAGUUGAGCAUAAGAAUUCUGCAAAAAAAAACUAUGGAUGCGUGGAAGGACGACGUUCGUGACUGGCCAAAGCUUGAAUUUCAAGAUAUCUAUGACUACUUCAUUAAUGCUCCAGCAUGUGAUGAGCAGCCUAACCGAAACUUUCGAAGCAUCAGCGAGGGUAUCAACUACCUAAACUCAGGAUGGGUGGGCACCAUCAAGCACCGCCAUCAUGAGGAUGGAUCAACUGUCAUCUUGAGGGGGACAGUGAGAUUUUCACAGCAAAUCUCCAGCUAUCAUCAAGUGGAGAUCAGUGUUGACAAAGAAAAUAGAACAAUCAAGUCUGUGAAAUGCGACUGCAUUGCUUCGGAAGGGAAAUGUUGUAGUCACUCAGCAGGCCUGUCCUUCAAGAUAAAUGAGGCAUACAAGAAAGGUUUCAUCGGCAUCACCUGUACAGACAGACCUUGUUUGUGGAAUCGGAGCACUCAAGGUAACGUGGUGCCCGACAGUGUUGAAAACAUGUGCGAUCCAACCUCAAAGUCCACAAUGAACAGUGCUCUUGCAUUUGACACAGACGAGGCACUGAAAAAGCACCUGAACAGUCCACACAUGUGUGAGCUCGCGUCCAUACCGGGCACAAUUUUAAAUCAGGUGCUGACAUCUACACAAACUUGCAAACCAGCCAACAGUGAUCAGCCCCUCCCUGCUCAUGGACAUCAUGAUGUCAAUCUUGAAUGCGAGCCUUGUCAAGAAAUUUUCAACAACUACAUCCAGUUGAAAGACCACGAGGCAAGAAAACUUGCCUGUCAAACACACAAUCAGAACUCGGCUUUGUGGACAUCGCAGAGGAAGCUCCGAAUUACAAGUAGCUCAGCAGCAAGUGUCCCCAAGAAAACAGAGACAGACCCAACAAAGUGGAUCAUGAAUCACAUCAGGCCACACUUCCUUGGAAAUGCGGAUACUUGUCACGGGCACACAUACGAAGCUACUGCAAGGGAAGCCUUUGAACAUCAAUUUGAAACACUUGUAGAAACCACAGGUUUAGUUGUAAACCCAGAGGAAAGUUGGCUUGGAGCAAGUCUGGAUGGAAUUGUUGACGACAACACAAUUUUAGAAAUAAAAUGUCCCACUGAGAGGAAGUUGGAGCGAUAUGGUGGUACUGUUCGAGGACUAGUGGAAAGUGGGACUUACGAUGUUCGAAGUAGAGAAGGGAAAUACUUCCUUCGUCAAAGUUCAGCAGCUAGUGGUUACUACACCCAGGUACAAAUUGCCAUGUACUGUUCGAAGCGACCCAUGUGCAAAUUUAUGGUUUGGUCAAAGAAAGACUACGUUAUAGCAGAUGUCAACUUUGACAAUGAGUGGUUUGAGCAGCGUCUAGGUCAACUGCGAAAAUUCUACUUCAAGCAUCUUUUGCCAAAGCUUACAGAUUCAAUAAUUUCAAGGGAACUAAAAAUUGUAAAACCAAGAAUCUAGAUGCAUGUAAGAGGCUUAAACUGAAAACAAUAAAUGACCACUAUUAUGUGUCGGGGGAAAAGAUUAGUCGAUACAUCACACUUGUUUAGUUGAGGACUGUGUUGACCGUGACUUUAUUCCAUGACAAUAUUUAAUAUUCAUUGAUUAUGAUCAACUGACCUGGAUAGUACUAGUUUAUAUGAACUAUAGCUCUACUGUAAAGUUUGAACUGCUAACUGGGUACUACAUUGUAUAUGAGACUGAAGAGGAAUGUGAAACUGAACUGCUACUGAGAAAGUGUGCUAUUGAUGCAGAGGUUAAUAUACUCUUCAGUAUGCAAUUAAAGACAAAUCUGUUAAGACACAACAUUUUCACAUUCUAUAUUGAACUAUUCUGAAAAAAGCAAUGUUAUGCUAGGUUCACACAUUCCCGAAUUAGUUAUAAAUACAACAAAAAUUAAUCAGGAAUUGAAAUUGGCUCCUGAAUCACCCCAACAAUUUGAACAUGUUCAAAUUUCAAAUUAGGUUUUGUCCUUCACCGACGUUUAAACACUGUAUACUCGGUGUGUUUC